AUGUCCGAGGCAGCGGCUGAGGACGGGCAGAGUCGUGCCCCGGAGGAGGACUCCCGGCAGGAGUAUCACAGCACAGAAGAGGGGUUGGACGAGUCGGUCAUUUCCGCCUGUGAAUAUUCACGGUACAGAAGUGUGCAGAGUAGCCCUGAGGUUUCUGUUAACACGCCGAGGAAUGCAGCCAGACAUGGCCAGGCCGUGCAGGAGGAGAGCUCCCCGGGAGCUGGUAGCAGUAUCAGCACAGCAUGCCGUCCUGCUAUGGCAGGGGCACGCCCCCUUGCGGGGCCCAGAGUGGCGAGCUACACGGUCACCGUUGACCAGACAGUGGACGUCAGCACAGACUUCAGGGCCUGCUUCACGACCAGCAGGGCCACAAGUGCCAGGCCUCGCGUGGUGUCAGCGUCAUGCAACACGGAGAUCACGAUGAUGAGCAAAAAGCGGCCUAGCGAAUGUCACCAUGAGAAACGAAGUGUAGCAUGCAAUACAGAGUGGUCCUACGGUCAGGAUCCACACAUGACUGCCACAGAAGGACCCAGAGCAUCGACCUCAGUGGGCAGUUUAAAACCUAAUGGAAAUGUCCUAAACAAGGACUCUCAAGAACUGAAGAAUCUAUUUGAUACUGCGGACUUAGAGAAGCAUCCUGAGAGGGAUUUGCAGCUCUCUAAAGACACAGAGAGGACUCUGCCCUCAGUGUGCUGUGAGAAGAUGAAGCAGCGAGCCCUGAGCGCCGAGCUGCACCUCCUGGACAUCCAUUACGAGCUGUGCCAUCGCCACUGCUGUGAGCUGCACAGGCUGCUGACCGACGAGGGAGCAGCGCUUGGCCGGAAUUUGCCAAGUAGUUCUGCUAGGAAGGAGCUUGGAUCAGCCCUGCAGUCUGUUUUGAGAGCCUUGAAAGUUAGAUAUGCGUGUUUGAAAGACAGAGUCGAGCAGGGUGUUCCCCUGGAAGAGCUGCCUCCGCUCUCGGUGGAGUCCAAGCUGCUGUCGGACUUCUCGGCCUUUGCCUCCAGGUUAAUGAAAGAAGACUCACAGGUGUUUUCAGGCGCAGACUUGGCACGAGGUGAUCAGGGUUCACGUGGAGUAGACAUAUCCUCAAGCCUGAAAAAGACACUCUCACAAGUGACCUUACUGGCUGAACAAGACACAUCACCCAAUAAAGAUGGUUUAGAAAAUGGUGAUGUAAAUGUAGAGUUUAGUCAGCUGAAACUUGAUGAUGAAGAUUACAGACAUUACCAAGAAGUGAGUGAAAGCUGGUUUGAUGCUCGAGAGAACCUGACAGGAGUGGACCCUUCAGGAACACGAGGCAGCCAAGUGGACCCUGACCAGUGGGCUCCAGAGGGCACACCCGAAAUGAAGGCUGCUGAGCCAUCUGGAAGAGAGAGAGGUUUUCUAAUACAUGUUGGAGGUCUCUGCCCUUCAGUCUCUGAGGCUGAUUUAAGGUCUUGUUUCCAGAAGUACCAAGUUUCUGAAAUUUCAAUUGAUGACUCUUCUGAUUACAGGUAUGCUUCUCUUGUUGUUAAGAAAAACGACGAUGCCAAGAUGGCUGUGAGGGAAAUGAAUGGGACAGAAAUACAUGGAAAAUCAGUCAGUGUGCGGCUUGUCAAAACUCCUGGAGAUCCUAUGUCCCCACUGUCCUCCCAAAGUGGGGACAGAGUUAGCUUGAUGAGUUCAGAGAAAAACACCAGCAGAGGAGUUGGUUCAGUGCCCUAUGCCUCCAGACUGCCCCGAAGCAGGCCGCGGCCGCCGGGAGCCGAGCAGGACAGCGAGUGCUGCCCUCUGGACCAGCAUGUCAAGAAGAACUGCAAGCAGAUUGAGUCUGCUCAGUCAGCACCUCAUAUCCCUGUGCAGUUUAUACCUCCCAAUACCUUGAACCUUCGCAGCUUUACCAAGAUCAUGAGGAAGUUGGCUGAGCUGCACCCAGAAGUCAGUAGGGACCAGCUCCUGGAUGCGCUGCAGGCUGUGCGCGCGCACCGCUGUGGCUUCCUGAACGGCCUGUCCAUCAGCACGAUCGUGGAGAUGACUUCCUCCAUCCUCCAGAGCUCGGCUUCCCACGAGGCCCCCAGGAGGCAGUGAGGAGGCGAGCAUGUUCUACAGCACAGAGGAGAAAGCGGGGACG